AUGUAAACUUAAAAAUAUAGAAUAAAUUAAAGAUCAGUAUUAUUAUAAACAAAUGAAGAGGAGAAGGAAUUAGAUUGUUCAAUUUGUUUAGAUGUUAUAUUUGAGCCAGUAAUAAUAGAUUGUAAGAUGCACACUUUUUGUUAAAACUGUAUUUUAAAUCAACAUUAGUGUCCAUUAUGUAGAAAAGAAAUAUGUGAAGUAAGACCAAAUAUAUAGAUGAGUUAAAAAUUAUAGAAUUGGUUAUGUAAAUGUCCAUUAGGUUGUGGAUAAAUUUCUUAUGAUGAAUUAUAUUCUCAUUAAUUAGUUUGUUAAAAUUUAUCAAAGUCAUAAUAGAUAAUAGUUGAAACAUUAGUGAAAAUAAAAAAUGAGAUGAUAAAAAUUUUAGAUAAAGAGAUAAAUGUUCAUUUAAAGCAUGAUCAUAGAUAAAUAUUUGAUGAUUUUUUAAAGAAUUGGGAAUGGUUACCAUACAAGAAUGAAGAUUGGAAAUGGUGGUGGUGGAGUCAUACAGCAUGGUGGAAAAAUAAAGCAUGUGAAUAAUGUAAUAAAUUAUGGCAUAAAUAUGAAGAUGAUAUUUAAGAGUAUGAAACUUUAAGAAUAAAUUUAUUAAAUUAAUUAUAAUGA